UUCCGGAAGCGGGUCCGACCAAAGAGGCGGGACUUCCCUCCCGGAAGUGACCCACGUGCUUCCGCCUUAGCCUACCUGGUUUUACGGUGAGUUCCUGGUAUCUGCCCUAAGUUGGGGUCACUGCGGGCGUUGAGACCGGCUCCAGGCCGUGCGUGGUCGAGGAGGCCAGAAGGAGAUCCCUUCCACGGUGCAGGGCUGAGAUGGAUCCGCUCAGGGCCCAGCAGCUGGCUGCAGAGCUGGAGGUGGAGAUGAUGGCUGAUAUGUACAACAGAAUGACCAGUGCCUGCCACCGGAAGUGCGUGCCUCCCCACUACAAGGAAGCAGAACUGUCCAAGGGCGAGUCUGUGUGCCUGGACCGCUGUGUCUCCAAGUACCUGGACAUCCAUGAGCGGAUGGGCAAAAAGUUGACAGAGUUGUCUAUGCAGGAUGAAGAGGUGAUAAAGAGGGUGCAGCAGAGCUCUGGGCCCGUGUGAGGCCCCAGCCGGUAUACAUCCCGAGGUGCGCCCUGUCUCUUCCCACUUGUCUAACAAAAGUGCCCCCAUUGGGUGUCAUCUGUGAAGACGGCCAGGCCUAGGCUCCUUGUGGAGAGGCUCCAGGAGCCCAGAGUAUGAUAGAGCUGUCUCCCGGUUGAAGAAGGGGUGUUUGUCCCCCUGGGAUGUGACUGUGCAUGUACGUGUAUGUGUGUGUGUAUAUAUACAUAUAUAUUAAAAUGGAUUUGUCGACACUUA